UUUCACAAUUCCUGUCGCGUGUACACCCACACCUCGAUCUGAACACACACUUUCGCACACACGAUCAAACGCAUCAAACCCUCUCUACUCACUACUCCCUACACAACAAGCUUUGUAAUCAACGAUCAUCUCCCGAUGAACGAUAGCACCGGUAACAACAGUUACAACCGCCGGUACCCUCCUGGUAUCGGAAAUGGCCGCGGCGGCGGAGGAGGAUGGUAUGGCGGUGGUGGAGGUGGAGGUGGUAAUUUUCAAACAAACCCUAAUUAUCACCAUCAACCUCGUAGCCACGAUCAAAUUCAACAGCAGCAGCAUCAGUCACAGUACUCGCAGAGACAGCAGUCCACACAACAACACUACAAUCAGAAACAGCAGUGGCUAAGAACGAACCCUAAUGUCCCUGUUUCUUCUACUGCCAAUAACAAUAACUAUGAAGUCGAGAAAACCGUACAGUCAGAAGGCAGCGUUGAUUCAAGCUCUCAAGAUUGGAAAGCACAGUUAAACAUACCUGCAGCAGAUAGCCGUUUCAAGACUGAGGAUGUAACAGCUACAAAAGGAAACGAAUUUGAGGACUACUUUCUAAAAAGAGAACUACUUAUGGGAAUCUAUGAGAAGGGUUUUGAAAGGCCUUCUCCUAUACAAGAAGAAAGCAUCCCUAUUGCUUUAACUGGUAGUGAUAUUCUUGCUAGAGCCAAAAAUGGAACUGGAAAAACAGCCGCUUUUUGUAUUCCUGCUCUUGAAAAGAUCGAUACAGACAACAAUGUCAUCCAAGUUAUCAUACUUGUCCCCACAAGAGAACUUGCUCUUCAAACAUCACAGGUCUGCAAGGAGCUUGGAAAACACUUACAGAUUCAAGUAAUGGUGACAACUGGAGGAACAAGUCUAAAAGAUGACAUCAUGCGAUUAUAUCAACCUGUUCAUUUGUUAGUUGGAACUCCUGGAAGAAUUCUUGAUCUAACCAAAAAGGGUGUCUGUAUUCUCAAUGACUGUGCAAUGCUGGUAUUGGAUGAGGCUGAUAAGCUGUUGUCCCCUGAGUUUCAACCUUCUGUAGAGCAUCUGAUCAGUUUCCUUCCACAAAACAGACAGAUUUUGAUGUUUUCAGCUACAUUUCCUGUUACUGUAAAAGAUUUCAGAGACAGAUACCUGAAAAAUCCUUAUGUUGUUAAUUUAAUGGACGAACUUACCCUUAAAGGUAUCACACAGUAUUAUGCUUUUGUGGAAGAAAGACAAAAGGUUCACUGCCUCAACACUCUUUUCUCAAAGUUACAAAUCAACCAAUCUAUCAUAUUCUGCAACUCUGUAAACCGAGUAGAGCUGUUAGCAAAGAAGAUAACAGAGCUUGGAUAUUCUUGCUUUUAUAUUCAUGCUAAAAUGCUGCAAGAUCAUCGUAAUCGUGUCUUCCAUGAUUUCCGCAAUGGUGCAUGCAGAAAUCUUGUUUGUACUGAUUUGUUUACAAGGGGUAUAGAUAUUCAAGCCGUGAAUGUUGUCAUCAAUUUUGACUUUCCAAGGAAUGCGGAGACGUAUUUGCACAGGGUUGGACGUUCGGGAAGGUUUGGACAUCUGGGGUUGGCUGUGAAUUUGAUAACUUAUGAAGACCGGUUUAACUUGUAUAGGAUUGAACAAGAACUUGGAACUGAGAUUAAACAAAUUCCUCCCCAAAUUGAUCAAGCCAUUUACUGUCUGUGAUUGAGAAAAUGAAAUACAAGUAGGAGACAUUUUAUGUUUAUGUUUCUGUUUCUGUUUUUAGUUUAGGCUUUGUUAUAUCAUAUGCUAGAUCUGUAUUUACCUGAUUCUGGAGGAUAGCUUGUAGUUUGUACUCCAUAUUUUGAAAAGAAAAAAAAAAGGAAAAAAAGGUAAAAAAAAAAGAUAAAAAGUAGAGCAAAAACGAAAAACCAAAAAAAAAAAAAAUGAUGCAUGAACAAUUUUUUAGAUUUGUGUUGGGUUAUCAAUUCAAAGCUUACUUUUUCCC